GAAUCGAUUUCCAUAGAAGGCAUGAAUGAUGAGAAGAAAAUAAAAAGCGCCGUUUAGUGAUCGUUAUUUUUUCUCAUGGCGGGAACGGGGGUUAGGUUGUGGAGGACUGCACUUUUGACGCUGAGGGAUGAAACCCUAACGACACCGCCUCGUAUUUCUACCUCACAAAUGCUCGAUAAUCUCAUUUUCUCCCAAUCCUAUAAUUUGGUGUGUGCCGCUACUGAACUUCCUUCUCAUGAGGUUUUGUCUGACAUUUUGUUCAUGAUGGAAUUGGUUGCUGCGACUUCUUCAGAUGAAGAAGAUUGUACUCAUAUCUAUACACAGACAUCACGCUUGGUCCAUGAUAUAUGUCGUCGCGUCUCUUUCGAUAUAAAAUUCUCCUCUUUCGAUAGUGUUCUUAAUUGUUUCCGGAAGAUGCUGGAUCUCUUACUUGGAAAAGUUGCUACUGGUGACGAGUUAACUGGAAUUUGCAGUAUUGCUACAAUAAUUCCUGCUAUUGAAUGCUUAAAGGCUAUCAGGUGUAUUAUUACUUUAUCUCAUCGAAGAUGGUUGCAGUCUGAAGAUACCAUACUGGUUAAAUUUCUACUUGAUGUUAUUAUUAGCUCUCAUGGUGUUUCAUGUUUGAUGCCUCAUUCAAUAUGUAUAGAAAAACCUACUGAAAUUAAUAUGAGACUAUCCCCCAAAAGCAGUUCAAGCGAAUUACAGACAGUAGCUUUUGGGAUGCUCAGUGAAGUAAUCUCAAGAAGUGGGUCAUCCUUCCCAGUUGAUAUCUGGAGAUCAAUGGUUGAGGUGGUCAGAAAAACAAUGGAUGUCUUGGUAUUAAAAACUCCAGUUGUCGAAGAUAAUAUUAUGUCUAGGUUUUAUGAAUCUUUUCUGGGCUGUCUGCAUCUGAUCCUCAUAAAUUCUAAAUGUUCUGUUUCUGAUCAUCUGUCAGUUUUUGUUGCUGUUCUGCGAAUGUUCUUAAUUUAUGGCAUUUCUGGUAGAACACCAAAUACUUUUCUGGUUUUUGGUCAUGAGAAGAAGGAGCUUAAUAAUGUGAGCCCUAAUGCAAGCUGUGAACAGCUGAACAAGUCAGAUCAUAGCGCAUAUAGGCCUCCACACUUGCGCAAAAGAGACUGCUCAAAUGUGAAGCACAAUAGGGCUAGGCAUUCCCAAUAUACCUCAGAUAAUGAAUCUUCUACUGUCAAUGUUUCAUCUUCAGAUUCAGAUUUUAGCGAUGGAGAUGGAUCAGCCAAAGAGAGUGCUAAAGCGCCGAACUCUAGGGUUAGAAUAGCUUCCAUAAUCUGUAUACAGGAUCUUUGUCAAGCUGAUUCUAAAUCUUUCUCUAUGCAAUGGUCCCUGCUUUUACCGACUAGUGAUGUGCUACAACCAAGGAUGCGUGAUGCAACUUUAAUGACAUGCUUGCUAUUUGAUCCUUGCAUGAAGGUACGUAUGGCUUCUGCAUCGACGCUAGUGGCAAUGUUGGAUGGUCCUUCUUCCAUUUUCUUACAAGUAGCAGAAUAUAAGGAAUCUAGCAAAUUUGGAUCUUUUACUGCACUCUCAAGCUCCCUUGGGCAGAUUUUGUUGGAACUUCAUAGAGGUAUUCUUUACUUAAUACAACAUGAAGCUCACGGUAAAUUGCUGGCAUUGUUGUUCAAGAUUUUCAGGCUUGUGAUAUUAUCUACGCCAUAUUCAAGAAUGCCACCAAAUUUGUUGCCUACUGUUGUUACAUCUCUUAGGACAAGGAUUGAAGAAGGGUUUUGGUUCAGAAGUGACCAGAAUAGUCUGCUGGCUGCUGCUCUUGGUUGCUUGACAUUAGCUUUGUGUACCUCACCAUCCUCUGCUCAAGUAAGGAAGAUGCUCCAUGAGGAGGUUUCUUCAGGUUAUACUGAGACUGAAAAGAAGUCAGGUGUUCUUUCUAUGUUAUUUAAAUAUUCAGUGCAAUGGAGUUGCCCAACCAUUUGCCUUGAGGCUCUUCAGGCACUUAAAGCUGUAUCCCACAAUUACCCUAUCAUAGUGACUGCAUGUUGGGAACAAGUUUCUGGAACUGUGUAUGGCUUCCUUAGUAUUGUAUGCUCUGAAGUUCCUUCACGGCAGUCAAGUGAACAUGUUGGUAGUCCUGCAUUUAUUAGCGAAAAAGUUCUUAUUUCUGCUAUUAAGGUUCUAGAUGAGUGUCUUCGGGCAGUGUCCGGAUUUCAAGGAACGGAAGAUCUUUCGGAUGAUAAAUUUGUGGAUAUUCCAUUUGCAUCUGAUUGCAUUAGGAUGAAGAGAGUGUCAUCUGCACCAUCUUACGAGCUAGAGAGCAAAGAUGAUGAUGAAGUAAACUCUGAAGCAUGUGAAUCUGGAAUUCAGCAAUGGUGUGAGGCUAUCGAGAAGCAUAUGCCUCUUAUCUUAUGUCACUCUUCUGCAAUGGUGAGAGCUGCGUCAGUUACAUGUUUUGCUGGUAUGACUUCUUCUGUGUUCGUCUCUUUCACCAAGGAGAAGCAGGGCUUCAUUUUGUCGUCUUUAGUCCAUGCUGCUGAACAUGAUGACGGGCCUGCGGUGAGGUCUGCUGCUUGUAGAGCAAUUGGUAUCAUUUCUUGUUUUCCACAAGUGUGUCAAAGUGCAGAGGUACUUGACAUGUUCAUCCAUGCUGUUGAGAUUAACACUCGUGAUGCCCUAAUCUCAGUGAGGAUAACAGCUUCAUGGGCAUUGGCAAAUAUAUGUGAUGCUAUUCGUCACUGUGUUAGCAUUCUUCCCUUCAGGCAUAUGGGUUCAAACUCCAACCCUCAGUUGAUUGUAUCAUUGAGUGAAUGUGCUUUGCGUCUUACUGAGGACGGAGACAAGGUUAAAUCUAAUGCUGUAAGGGCUCUUGGGUAUAUUUCAAGAAUCUUUAAAUGUUCAGCAUCAAGAUUUCAAGACAUGUCAGUAGACUACCUGGACCGCACGACUGAGGCCUAUAUCUCUAGUGAGAAUCUAAUGGUGUCUCAACAGCAUUGGCAAUUAGAUUCUCUGGAAGAUUUUCACAGGCUGGAGAGAAUAGUUCAGGCAUUCAUUUCUUGCAUUACUACUGGGAAUGUUAAGGUCCAGUGGAAUGCUUGUCAUGCGGUAGGCAACCUAUUCCUUAAUGAGACAUUAAGUCUGCAGGACAUGGACUGGGCUCCAGUUGUGUUUGGUAUUCUUCUGCAACUGUUGCGUGAUUCAUCAAAUUAUAAGAUCAGGAUACAAGCUGCAGCUGCAUUGUCUGUGCCAGUGUCAGUGCAAGGUUAUGGUAGAUCCUUCUCAGACAUUGUGCAAUGUGUUGUGCAUGUAAUGGAGAAUAUAGAUCAGGACCAAAUCUCAGGGCCGUCAAAUUUCAAAUAUAGGGUUUCAUUACAAAAACAGCUUACAUUGACAUUGUUACAUGUUCUACGCUUUACCUCAAGCUCAAAUGAUCAACUUUUGAAAGAUUUUAUAGCGAAGAAAGCAUCGAUCCUUGAAGAUUGGUUCAAGGGACUAUGCUCAUCUUGUGAUGAUGGCAUGCUUGAUGUUCAAGAUAAGUCCAUUGCAGACCAAAAGAAAGUGGUGAUAUCCAGCGCAAUGCAAUCGUUGAUAGAAGUGUACAAAGAAAAUCAACUGGAAGCAAUCGCUCAGAAGUUUGAGGAAUUGAUGAACAAUCUAUGAAGGUGGAGUUGUAAAAUGACAGUGGUUAAUAUAAUUUGUUUACAGGCCUACCAAUCAAUAUUUUACCAUACAAUUUGUUUACAGGCCCACCAAUCAAGAUAAGUCUAUGAAGGUGGAGUUGUAAAAUUACAGUGGUUCAUAUAUGUAGGCCACGGGAGCCAUGCGCAAAAGAUCGUGUCGAGUCUGGAGAUAUUUAUUUAAAAAAGCAAUUUAUGGGUGGAUUGACUAUACCAAUGGUAGAAGAGAUUGGUUUACUAUAAACAAGAGGAUCGGACUGUGACUUAAUAUUUCUGGUUUGUGGAAGAGUAACGGAUUUUCGAAAAUUUAUUAUUGUUAUACCUCAUUCAGUUUCUGUAAUGAUGAAAAUCAAUACUGUUAACCUACAGAAAUGCUAGAGCAAUCUGGAAAUAGAAAUUUCACAUGGGAUAUGAAAGUUUUAGGAUGUUGAGAAAAAAAAAAUUGAGAGAAAAGUUGGGAAAUGAAUAGUUGAAUGAGGUUGUGUAAAAUUUGAGGAAUUUUAUUUGUGAAUGCAACAUUA